AUGAGAGAGAGAGUUAGAGAGAGAGAGUGGGUGGGAAACACUGAGAGGGGUAGCUAUAGGAAUCAGGUAAAGGAUCCUAGGGUUUGGAACAGAGAAGAGUACCGUCGAUUGGAGAAUGAGUCGUUCUUGAUUUUCUUGGAUAAUCUACCAGAAGACAUCUCGAAGAGAGAAUUGUAUCAGUUGUUCUGUUGGACUGGCCGCAUAAAUGACAUAUACCUUUCACGAAAACAAAAAAGGGGUACGAUUUAUAUGUUUGUGUUCAUACACUACACUACAAAGGGAGGAGCUUUGAAAGCUAUAACAGAAAUGAAUCGUCUGAAGCUGAGAGGAAAGGAGGUGUUUGUUGGGGAAGCAAAGUACAGGAGAUUGUCGAAUACGAAGGACAUGAAGAAGAUACAACCAGCAGGUGGCAACCGAAACGACAUGAUCCGCCAGCCGCCGUGA